CGCGAAGCUAUAGAAUAUAUACGCCUAGACUAGUAGAUUAUAACUUUCUUUUUCUAAAGAAUAUAGUAUCUUCUAUUUCUCUAGCUUAAUAGCGGUACGAACUAACGCCCGCUUUAUAAGCUACUAUAAGAAAUAGAAAGUAAUUAGGAAAAAGAAAAAAAAUAUAAAAGAAAGAAAAGAGAGAGUACUAAAUAAGAAAAAAAAAGACUUUAAGUUAGCUCCUAAUUACUAACGUAACUUAAAAAGAGAAAAGAAAAUAAAUAAAUAAGAAAAAGAAAGACCCGAUUUAUUCUCUAAUUAUAGAUAGCUAUUACUUUUUAAGCUUUAGCUAAAUGUUAUGGACCGCAAGAGAAAUCAACCCGCAGGGUCAGAAAGACCUUAUGGAGAAAAGGCCCACACGGACCUGGGGUCCACAAGGGCUUAGUAACCACAAGGUCCCGCGUCCCGCAAGGCACCCGCAGACACGUGCCAGACAAGGCCGUAAAGGAACUAAGACCGCAACCCUAAGAAGCCCGCACGGGAAUGCACCCCGCAAGGACUUAGCCCACCAAGAGGCAACAACUCCAGAAGGCCCACAGGGAAUUAAUGUCCACAGGGACAAAAACAACAAGCCGACAAGCAGAGCACAGAGCGAUCAAGGACAAGGGGCUUAUCGCGUCC